ACAUGCCACAGUAUCCUGGUUUCCAGAGUACUCCAGACAUGUCCAGGUUUCCCGAACCGGGAUAUGAUGUUUACAUGGCAACACAUAACCUGUGUCCUGUUGCACAAAAGUAGAAUUAAGACAUCCGGGAUAAAUGACUCAGCUGAGCUCAAUAAAGCCAAAACAUGUGCGUCCAGGCUUAAUUGGUUGCACAAAGACCAAGCCAGGAUGAGCAGACACGGAUUCAUUAAGCCAGGUGAAACCAAUCCUGGAUAGGUGCGCGCUCACGGCUCACUCAAAUAGACCCCGCCACAGAUCACAGAUUAACUGAUUUACCAUGGCAACUAGAGCCGCGUACUUUUCCCCGUCGGAAGCACAAAUCCUCAUGGAGGCAUACGAGGAGGUAAAAGAUAUAAUUAAGAAGAAAGGCAACACCGCCACAGUGAUAAAGCAAAGAGAAAAAGCGUGGCAAAGUAUUGCAGACCGCCUGAAUGCAUUAAACAUGAACGGGCCAAAACGGACAUGGCAGCAGGUCAAAAUCAAAUACAAGAACAUUCUGCAGAAUGCAGUGAAAAAGAAUACCCACAGACAAGGCACGGGUGGUGGGUCACCAAAGGCUGACCUUACCCCAGCAGAGGACAUGGCCUUGGAGCUAAAUAAAGGCAGGCCCGUCUUAGAGGGGAUCCCUGGGGGGAAAGAGACGAGCAUAGGUUCCUCCCAAGAUGCCACCCGCUUCAUUCAAGUGUCUGGAAGCACUGUGUUCCUGUUAGAGCCACCAGCACAAGCACCAGACGAUGCUGAUCCAGGUGAAAGCCCCAGUGCAGCAGCAACAGCACAUGAUGGAGACGAUGAUGAGGAGGAGACCAUCUCUGUGGAUUCCAGAAGGCAUGAGGACCCAGAUGCUAUACAGUGGGAAAACCAGCCUGGCAACAUAAGCUCACAAGCUAUCAGAAAGUUGUAUGGCAACCACCUCCGGCGCCAAAUAGAACUGGCAGACAUAGACAUUCAGUACAAGAAGAAAAAGAUAGAAAAUCUUGCACUGGAGUCCGAAAUAAAAAGAGGACAAUUAGGAAACUGGACCUUGAAAUAAAAAAAACUUGAGAGGGAGCUCCAAGAAGAUGACACAGCUCAAAAUAAAAAUUAGGUAUAUUCUCGUAAAGUCAAGUGAGCCAUGACAUAUGAGCUCUUAUUGUGAGCACACAGGACGGUGGCAUCUUUCUAAGGUAUAUUUUAUUUUCACAGCAAUCAG